GAGUAACCUUGCUCUUUAUUCUUUCUUUUUCUUCUCGCAGGUCGUUGAAUUUGACUUCGCAAACCCUAGCCUCAGAAUUCACAAAUCGCUUUCCGGUUUCCGUUAUUCGGAGGCAAGUUUGAAGCCUGAAGCAGAACCUUGUUUUGUGUGAAAAUGCUUCUGAUUUGGUAGUGCGUUGGAGAGGUAUUUCCUCAUGGCUAGGCGUCAUGGAUGGGAGCUCCCCUUUCACACUUUCCAGGUUGUGGCUAUAACAGUGUUUUUCUUGUUAUCUAUUGCAUAUUAUGCCUUCUUUGCUCCUUUUCUUGGAAAGGACAUCUAUGAAUAUGUGGCUCUUGGUGUUUACUCUGUGCUGGCUCUCUCUGUAUUCCUUCUUUAUGUUCGAUGCACUGCCAUUGAUCCGGCCGAUCAGAGAGUAAUGCAUGAUUGUGACAAUCUAUCUAAGGAUAGAUCAAAACUUGAUGAAGAGUUGGAAGGGUUUUCAUCUCCUAUUGCAGAACCCAGCAAAAUAGGACUAAAAGGUGAAGGAAUGUCUGAUCGGCAUAAUUCAAAUUGGUGCUCCAAAGUUGGAUGUUUCUUUUGUCAUCUCCUUGCCAGGGAAGAUUGCCGUAAUAAUGAAGAUAUUAUUCUACAGCAGCAAUCUGGAGAAGAAGAUGCUUUGUUCUGCACUUUGUGCAAUGCUGAGGUGCGGAAGUUCAGUAAGCAUUGUCGAAGUUGUGACAAAUGUGUUGAUGGAUUUGAUCACCAUUGUCGGUGGUUGAACAAUUGUGUUGGAAGGAAGAAUUACAUCACAUUUGUGUGUCUAAUGGCAGUGAGCCUAGUUUGGCUUAUAGUUGAAUGUGGAGUUGGGAUUGCAGUGCUUGUCAGAUGCUUUGUUGACAAGAAGGGUACAGAGAAUCAGAUAGCUGAAAAGCUUGGAGCUGGAUUCUCUCGGGCCCCAUUUGCUACUAUAGUGGCCAUAUGCACAGCAGUUUCAUUCCUUGCAACUAUACCUUUGGGAGAAUUAUUCUUUUUCCAUAUGAUCCUGAUACGAAAGGGUAUCACAACUUAUGAGUAUGUGGUUGCCAUGAGAACUUUAAGUGAACCACCUGGGCCUUCUGUUGAUGGGGGUGAACAGCAGAGUCUACCAUCAUCUCCUUCUAGUUCAGCUGUCACUGCAAUAAGUGGAAGGAGCUCUGUUGGAAUUAGUUUGCAGUACAAAGGUGCUUGGUGUACACCUCCAAGAAUCUUUAUGGAUCACCAGGAUGAAAUUAUACCACAUUUAGAGCCAGGACGCCUACCGUCCACUGUUGAUCCAGAUGCAAUACAGCCACCUGACAAAGGGAAAAAGUUGAACCAGCGCCCUGUGCGAAUAAGUGCAUGGAAACUUGCAAAGUUGGAUUCUAAUGAGGCAGCAAAAGCAGCUGCUAAAGCUAGAGCAUCAUCAUCUGUGCUUCGUCCAAUUAGUUCUCGAUCUCAUGCAUACGAUGGGGAUCAUUUAUCGAGUAGCAACGUGAGUGGAAGAAGCAGCCCAGUUAGCAGUAGAGGAUUUCAUAACAAAUAUGACACAGCAGGGACAUCAAGGUUAUCUCCUUCCAAGAGCUCAUACCCUCCUAGUCAAGCAAGCAGGGAAGAUAUAGAUGCAUGUCAACACAGUAUGAGUAACUUUAGCAGUCCGCAAGUCUCCAACUUAACUCCUUCUCCAAUGCAGAAGCCAAAUUUGAACAGAGACCAUUUCAACCCAAUGUAUCAACAACCAUCGGGAAAUCAGUCUCCUUUGUCAGCUAAAGAAAGCGAAGGGAAUAUAAAUCCAGCUCAUGAAAAUGAGGCACGUGUACCAAUGAGAAGUAACACCUUAGCCGUUUCAGAUAACAGAAGAUCGUCAGUGUUUUGGGAUCAAGCAGCUGGUCGCUUUGUUUCGUCCUCAUCUAGAGAGCUAGAUCUGACGCCAACAUGGGCUGUCGCUGCUGUUUGUGCAAUUAUCGUUCUCAUUUCUAUAUUUUUGGAGGAACUUAUACACAAAUUUGCUAGGAUGUUCGAAACAAAAAAGAAGCUUGCCUUGCUAGCAGCUCUUGAAAAGAUUAAAUCCGAGCUAAUGGUUUUGGGAUUUAUUUCUUUACUCUUAACAUUUGGGCAAAACUACAUUUCUAAAGUGUGUAUUCCCAUAAAGUAUGCAAACACAAUGCUACCGUGUCUUCCCCAUGAUCAGCGUGCAGGAGCUAGUCAUCCACUUGAACCUGAUGAAUUUAUUCCUCAGCUUGAGGAAGGUGGUGAGGCUGAAGAUCACCAUCGCCGCAGGCUUUUAGCAUAUCAACGUAGGUUUCUUUCUGGUGGCGGUGGAGGCGAGGCUUGUAAAACGGGAUACGCGCCUCUCAUAUCAGUGAACGGGUUGCAUCAGUUACACAUUUUCAUAUUCUUCUUGGCUGUCUUCCAUGUCUUUUACAGUGCCAUAACAAUGACCCUUGGAAGGGCAAAGAUUCGUGGAUGGAAGGUAUGGGAACAGGACCAUAUCAUCGAUCAAGAUGCCUUGAAUGAUCCUAGAAGAUUCAGACUUACUCAUGAGACAUCAUUUGUGCGCGAUCACAACAGUUUCUGGACCAAAACACCAGUUUCCUUCUAUUUUGUAUGCUUCUUUCGACAAUUUUUCAGAUCUGUUCGUAGGGCUGACUACUUGACCAUGCGACAUGGAUUUGUGACUGUUCAUUUAGCACCAGGAAGUAAGUUUGAUUUUCAAAAAUAUAUCAUGAGGUCAUUAGAAGAUGACUUUAAGGUAGUUGUAGGAAUCAGUCCAAUACUUUGGGGAUCAGUGGUGUUAUUCUUGCUUGUAAAUGUCCAUGGAUGGCAUGCUUCGUUUUGGGUGUCUUUUCUUCCACUAGUAGUGAUUCUAGCUGUUGGAACAAAGCUGCAAGCUAUUAUAACUCGAAUGGCACUUGACAUAAAAGAAAGGCAUGCUGUAGUGCAGGGAAUCCCUCUUGUGCAAGUCUCUGACAAGUACUUUUGGUUUGAAUGGCCUCAAUUAGUUCUUUAUCUCAUCCAUUAUGUCCUCUUCCAGAAUGCAUUUGAGUUGACAUAUUUCUGGUGGACAUGGUAUGAAUUUGGUUGGGCAUCUUGCUUUUAUGAGGAUGAUAAACUAAUGAUUGUCAGAGUUGCUCUUGGGGUAGGUGCUCAAUUUGUUUGCAGCUAUGUCACACUUCCACUCUAUGCGCUUGUUACUCAGAUGGGAUCUACCAUGAAGAAGUCAAUAUUUGAUGAUCAAACAUCGAAGGCCCUGAAACAGUGGCACAAGAAUGCUCUGAAGAAGAAAGCAUCAAAGGGACGUCCCGAAACUCGAACUCUGGGUGGUAGCCCUGGGGACUCACCAGAAACCUCGCCACGCCCAACAGCAGAGACGUCAUCAGAAAUGCCCAAUGGAACCGCCACCAUAGUCACCAGCGUCGAUAACCAACAAUAUGAUAACCGCGACCUUCUAACUGGACCGUGAUAUACACACUUCACACGCGUCGGAACACACUUCUCCACAACAGCUGCACCUUGCAACACUUUUUAUCUGCUCUUGUCUCAACGUAGAAGCAAGUAGCAGGCCAUAAUCUUUUUUGCAUUCAUGUAAUGUAACACUCAACUGAGGCUGCUGUAAAACACAACCCCUCCAUGCACCAUGGGUUCAAGAACAUACCAACUAGAAUUAAAUUAGCAAA